CACACCCCCUCCCUCGCCCCGGAAGAAGUUGUGGGGCUUGCCCCGGAAGUUGUCCCGGGCAGAGUCCGGCCCAGAGCGAGGCCCCGCUGUUGCCGCUAUCGAGAGUUGCAGUUGUUCCCGGGGCUGUGGAAGGACAGAGCGCUGCGGUCUCCCCGCCCCCGGAGGCUCGGUUCGGCCCGGUCCAGUCCCGCCCCUGCCGGUUUCGCGGCCAGUCCUGGGUUCAUGGAGAACCUCAAGUGGUUGCUAAUGUGAGACAACAACAUGCCAUUUUGAAGUAUGACAGAAGUCCUGAUGCUGCAGCAGAGGCUAGGAAUAUUAAUGGCCAAAUCUAGAGAUUACAUGGUCUUCUAAAGAAGCCAUGGGUAGCUGCUGUAGCUGUCCAGAUAAAGAGACUGUCCCAGACAACCAUCGAAACAAGUUUAAGGUCAUUAAUGUAGAUGAUGAUGGUAAUGAACUGGGUUCUGGCGUAAUGGAACUUACAGAUACAGAGCUAAUUUUAUACACCCGUAAACGGGAUUCCGUAAAAUGGCACUACCUCUGUCUCCGACGCUACGGCUAUGAUUCAAAUCUCUUUUCUUUUGAAAGUGGUCGACGAUGUCAAACUGGACAAGGAAUCUUUGCCUUUAAGUGUGCUCGUGCAGAAGAACUAUUUAAUAUGCUACAAGAGAUCAUGCAGAACAAUAGCAUAAAUGUGGUAGAAGAACCAGUAGUAGAAAGGAAUCAUCAUCAAACCGAGUUGGAAGUUCCAAGAACCCCUCGAACACCCACCACUCCUGGGUUCAGUGCACAAAGUUUACCUAAUGGGUAUCCGAGAUAUCCCUCCUUUGGAGAUGCUUCAUCACAUCCUUCCAGCAGACAUCCCUCUGUAGGAAGUGCACGGCUUCCUUCAGUAGGUGAAGAGUCAACACAUCCAUUGCUUGUAGCAGAGGAACAAGUGCACACCUAUGUCAACACUACUGGUGUACAAGAGGAAAAAAAAAAUAGAUCAAGUGUGCAUGUACCGCUGGAAUUAAGGCUUUCUACUGCUGAAACAAGCAAAACAACAGAAGAUCAAAAUUGCACUGAUGACCGAGAUGCUCAGGUUCUUCUGGAGCCUGAAGGAGUCAAAUUUGUUUUAGGACCAACACCUGUUCAAAGACAAUUAAUGGAAAGAGAGCAACUGGAGCAACUUGGGAGAGACCAAGUUAGUGGCAGCAGUACAAACACCUCUGAAUGGGACACUGGGUACGACAGUGAUGAACGUAAAGAAACACCUUCUGGUAAUAAACUAGUGUAUGAAAAUCUAAAUAGGUUAUCAAUCCCUAGUGCCUCAGGAGUCAGGAGAGGUCGUCUGACAUCAACAAGUACCUCAGAUACCCAGAAUAUUAACAACUCUGCUCAAAGGAGAACUGCAUUGUUAAACUAUGAAAACUUGCCAUCUUUGCCUCCUGUUUGGGAAGCCCGCAAGCUAAGUAGAGAUGAAGAUGACAAUUUAGGACCAAAGACCCCAUCUCUGAAUGGCUACCACAAUAACCUAGAUCCAAUGCAUAAUUAUGUAAAUACAGAGAAUGUAACUGUGCCAGCAAGUGCUCAUAAAGUAGAAUUUACACGACGUCAGGACUGUACACCAACAGUCUUUAACUUUGAUAUUAGACGUCCAAGUUUAGAACACAGGCAGCUCAAUUAUAUACAGGUUGACUUGGAAGGUGGCAGUGACUCCGACAACCCUCAAACUCCAAAAACUCCUACCACUCCACUUCCACAAACUCCAACCAGGCGCACAGAGCUGUAUGCUGUGAUAGACAUUGAAAGAACUGCUGCUAUGUCAAGUUUGCAGAAAGCACUGCCACGAGAUGAUGGUACGUCUAGAAAAACUAGACAUAACAGUACUGACCUGCCUAUGUGAGCCCAGGAAACGUUAAAUCAUUUGCACCUUUUGUGAAGUUUAUAAAAUUGAAGAUGCAAAUCCUUCAUUUGCAUUUUUUAACACUAAUGCCUUUUAUAGAGUAAUAGACUUUUUUCUGAAUACUUCAUGUGCUUGUCUAACAAAAGGGAAAUAAUGUAGAGCAGGUACUCAUUAAAUGACACCAUUUUAUUCUACAGUAAUAGUAAUUGCUGUGUAGAAGCAUUGCCACUUUUCACAGUGCCUCUUUACUUGGUUAGAGUUGGAGUGACUGCCAGUUCUGAAGUUAUCAAUAUUCUGGCCAUGUGCCUAUAGUUAUUAAUGGCGUUUAUAACAUUUUAUAAAGCCUCUUGAUGUGCAUUACUAGCUGAUAGCCCUAAUCUUGCAAGGUUGAUAUUUGUACCUUCACUCUCUUCAUUCAUGUGGCCUCCUCCAAUAUGAGAGGUGUGAGUAAUUCAUUAUUCAAUCAGUUUGACUUACAUGAUAUAGUUUGGCUCAUGUGAAGGGAUAUAAACACCACGCUUCCUCGUAUAUAUGUCAGUUCAUUUUUUGAAGUCAUUUGGACAAGCUUCAGAUUCUUGAAGGUUUUUUAAUUUCUGUAGCAUUGAGGGGUUACAUCAAGUUCACUUGGUCAGAGCUGGAGUUGGGUCUGAAAUAAGCCAUAAGUCAUGUCCCCUAGAAAAGAUUUCCAAGUGAUAGUACCUGAACAGUUUUACAGAAUUCUAAUCUGAGUUUUCUGAAGGAAUACACAGGUUGGUUGUAUCUGUGAUUUUAAGGUGUUCUUUAAUUUCACAGUUCUGCUUACCUUUCCAUCUUCAUGUGUGUGAUGCCGUCUUUGAUCUAUUCUGUAAUGUCUGUAGGUUAAGAACAGUCAAGUUUUUGUGCAUAACUUUAAUUAUUGUUUAGGAUUUUUAUGUGUGUUGCUCCUAUUCAGUCUGCACAUUAUCAAAGAAAAAUCUCUUGAAGAUCCAGUGGGAACUUUUUUACUUAAUAGGGUUGCCUUUGUCCAGUGUUUCAUUGUUUUACUUUUUAUGUCUGACAGAAACAUCCCAAAAGUGUUAGUGUCCAGCAGCAUACAGCAUUACACAAGUGGAAAGCUAUAUUAUGUAUUUUUGUCUUCCUCUGAAGCAUCAAAUAUAGGUCACCAUGGGAGGCAAGGUAUUGCAUUUGGUAGUUCAGUGUGACAAAUCUUAAAAAUACAGCGUGGAUCUGUAGAUGUACUUGGAUUUAGAGAGAAUUAGUUACUUACCUUCAAAAAAUUCUCUACAUAUUUUCCCUUUGCAGCUAGUUAACUCCGUUACUCUAAUGGCUUAACUGCUGAUUGAUGUUAUGGUACAUCCAGGUAGAAUGCAUCUGCUGAACAUGCCAGGUAUGCCCUUGACAGUCCCUUGUUCUAUAUUGAAUUGAUAUCAUUACAACAGGUGCAGUGCAGGACCAGAAAGAAAACAGAUUAAGCUUGAGCCUGUGGUUUCAAAGGAACUGACCGUUAUGUGAACUGGUGUAAUGUAUAAUAAUCCUUGAGCUGUGGGCAAGAAAAAUCACAUGCAAGAAACCGGAGUGGGGGGGAGAGAGAGACUCACACAAUGCGUAGGGUCCUCAUGUAAUAUUUAAACUGAGCUUUCGUUUAAAACAUAACACUAUUUCCAGUCCUUUGAAUUGUGUGGAGGGUGUUCCUGUUUUCCUAUUAAAUUUUCCUUUUGUCUUCAGCCAGAUAAAUAGUAGGAAGAGUGAUAGCUGAAAUACAUUUUUCCUAUUCACACCAGUGAGAUAAUGGCAGCCUCAUUUAUAUAGGUCAGGCCUUUUUAUCCUGAAGGAUUUCCAGUGUUCUUUACAAAUUUUAUAAUACUGAAAUGCAUCCAGGCGCACAAUCAGUACACUUCACAGUAGUAAGGGAACAGGCAUCUUAGUUGAGACAAUUGUAAGAAAACUUCACUGAAAACUUUUCCAUAAUCAUUUCACUAUUAGUCUGUGCACUUGUAUACAUUUUUUUGUGAUUUAGGUGCUCGAAAAGUUGAGGGACUAGUAGCAUUCACUAGAAUCAGAGGUAGUGCAACUGCAUGGUGCUAUAAGUGUCCCUUGCUCUGCCCUGACAUUGCACCUCUGUUGUGAUUUGCAACACAUCAUGCAUAUACUAAUCCUGGGUGUCUUGAAGCGUUAUUACCAAUUGUUGCAAACUGUGUGGUGGAUGUGUGAAGGUGGGAUAGGAACUAGAAUCAGACCAACAAACUCUCGCUAAUUUGUAAACUAAGACAAGAUUUCAGCAUACAUUUCAAGCAGUUAAAAGGCUAGAACACUUAACUCACCAGCUAUCUUAUUUAGAGACUUAUAUGGCCCUCAUCACCAUAAUAUCAGUGUGUCUCAGUCAUUAAUGUAUUUUAUCCUCAAACACCCUGUAGAGUAAGGAAGUACUGUCCCCAAUUUAUGGGUGCGGGAACUGAGGUCCAAGUAAACUAUACAUGACUUGCUGAAGGUCACAUAGAAAGUCUGUGGUUGAGCCAGGAAAUCAAUCCAGCUCUCCUGAGUUUUAGUCCAGUGCCCUAUCCACUAGAUCAUCCUUCCUAUCCAACACCUACCAUGGACCAUUUAGAAUAACGUUGCCAACUCUUGCAAUUUUAUGAGUGUUGUAAUAUUUAGUGUUUUUCUUAAAGCCGUAGAUCCUGGAGUCAUGUGAAUACUGCAAAAUCUCACUUUUUUCUCUCCCCUUCCCUCCCUGCCCAAAUAAAGCUAAAUUUCUUGCCCUUGGGGAGAAAAGAUUGAAAAUGUGAUCCCUAAAGGAUCAAAAACCAGAAGGCAUCUAAAAAGAAGCCAAAUCCAAUCUUGUGAUUUUUUUUUUUCCUGAUUCAUGAUUUUUGAAUGCUUGGUGUUGGUAAUACUUUUAAUAUGACAAAUGCAAAAUACAUCAUGCUGCACCUAAAGGGGAGCAUAUCUUUAGCAUACAGAGUGCAUUUUAGCAGUGAUGGUAAGCAUGGUGGUUAAGUUCAGGCUGAUCCCUUCCCCUACAUAUUUUCCAAGAAUGUCGCUAAACAUCUUCCAUUUCUCUAAGCAGGUAAUAAAUAUAUGGAGAUAGAUAUAUCUCUCAGAACUGGAAGGGACCCUGAAAGGUCAUAGAAUCCAGCCCCCUGCCUUCACUAGCAGGGCCAAGUA